GUGACACGUUGCCAGCGCUCUUCGGUGCCAAAGCUACAACAUUUCGCCAUUUUCCCUUCUCCUCCUCCUGCUCUCUAUCUAACCAUGAUUAGGGUUUCAGAUUCUCUCAAUUUCUAGAAAGAGAAAGUAUUUCAGUGUACGAUUCGUACAUUUUUGUGCGCGUAUGUGGGAGUUGAUUGGAGCAACUUUUUCUCAUCUUCAGAUUCGAAUGUUUGCACUUUAACGAGCCACGACCAGAUCGCAUCACUCGUUAAUUACCAAAUAUCUGGCUUUGAAGGCCGGGUUGGACCACUUAGAUGGUAUGCAAAAGUUGCUUAAGGAAUGUGAUUGUUCAAGCUGGACAAAUCAGAGCAUUUACGCGAAAGGCGGUGCAAUUGAGCAAUACUGGGAAGAACUUUAAUGCAGGUCUCAGCUUAACGAAUUGGUGGAAUCGUGAAUUUAAAAUGAGUUUGAGGAUGAUGGUUGAUACAGGCGCAACGGAGAAACAGGGGCCUACUGUUGAUGCAUUCCCAGAGAAAGACGAAGAAGGAAGCGGAUAUUCCAGUGGAGGAUGGAAAAGUGAAGAUGGAAAAUUGAGCUGGGGGUACUCAAGUUUCAGAGGGAAGAGAAUGACUAUGGAGGAUUUCUAUGAUAUUAAAACGGCCAAGAUUGAUGGCCAAACGGUCUGCUUAUUUGGAAUAUUUGAUGGACAUGGUGGAUCCCAUGCUGCUGAAUAUUUAAAAGAGCAUCUCUUUUUGAAUCUCAUGAAUCAUCCACAAUUUUUGACAGAUACCAAAUUGGCUAUUAGUGAAUCGUACAAGCAGACUGAUUCUGAUUUUUUGGAGGCCGAAAAAGAUACUUAUCGUGAUGAUGGUUCUACUGCUUCGACUGCAGUCUUAGUUGGUAAUCAUCUAUAUGUUGCUAAUGUUGGAGAUUCUCGUACGAUAAUAUCAAAGGAUGGGACAGCAAUACCUCUCUCCGAAGAUCAUAAACCAAAUCGAAGUGAUGAGAGGAAGAGAAUUGAAAGCGCAGGUGGUGUGAUAAUGUGGGCAGGUACUUGGAGGGUAGGAGGUGUGCUAGCCAUGUCUCGGGCUUUUGGCAACCGCAUGCUUAAGCAAUUUGUUGUCGCAGAACCAGAGAUCCAGGAUCUAGAGAUAGAUGAAGAAUUUGAAUUGCUUGUGCUUGCCAGUGAUGGGCUAUGGGAUGUGGUACCCAAUGAGGAUGCUGUUUCACUUGCUCGCGAAGAAGAAGAACCCGAGGUGUCAGCCCGAAAGUUAACGGAAGUCGCUUUCACUCGUGGCAGCGCAGACAAUAUAACAUGCAUUGUGGUAAGGUUCCACCGCGACAAAGCAGUUGCAUCCAGUCCCCAAGACGAGUGAAAAAAUAAAAAAGAAAAAGGAACAGGAAAAAAAAAAAAUGGCAUCUGUAGAUUUUAGAAACACAGAGUGAAUAAUCGAACUAGUCCACACAUGCAAAAUGGCUGAUUUGCCUCUUUUGGAAAAGCUGGCUAUUGUUCAUUCUUUUGUUUGUCUCUAAAAUGACUCAUCUGUUUCUUUCCGGGACACAUCCCAUGUGUAUUCUUGAUCUGUUGACCAUGUUGUAGGUGUCAUUUGGGGUCUUUUUGUCUUAAUAAUCUUUUUAAGCUAAUAAAUAAAAAGCACGAGGCUUUAUCAUUUU